CAAACCCAAAUCUCAGCCGCUCGUUUUCUCCAGCCACGAUCGAGGCUAGGACAUUGAGAUCCCCCUCGCUCUCCUCCCAAAACCCUUGCCCUUCACUCUUCGCCUCCACGAUGGCGGCGACGCCCACCGACACCGCGGAUAACAAUGGCGCUGCGGCCUUGGAGCAGUCCCCGGAGGCCGAGGCCCCCGCUGUUGAGGCCACCGAGGUGGAGGAGGAGGCCCCGGAACCGGAGGAGGCCUCCGAUUCAGCGGCGGAGGAGGCCUCCGAUUCAGCGGCGGAGGAGGCCCCCGAUUCAGCGGCGGAGGAGGCGUCCCCCGCCACGACCGCCGAGCCGGAGACGGAGACGGCGCCGGCGCAGACGCAGGGCGGCGAGAGCAAGAGGUGGCCGGGGUGGCCUGGGGACAACGUGUUCCGCCUGAUCGUGCCGGUGCUGAAGGUGGGGAGCAUCAUCGGCCGCAAGGGGGAGCUCAUCAAGAAGCUCUGCGAGGAGACGCGGGCGCGUGUUCGUAUCCUCGAAGGGGCUCUUGGCACCUCUGACCGCAUUGUUCUGAUAUCUGGAAGAGAAGAGCCAGAUGCAGAAAUAUCACCAGCAAUGGAUGCUGUUCUAAGAGUAUUUAAACGUAUCAAUGGUAUAACAGAAAGUGGGGGCGAUGGUGCUACCCCAGCUUCUGCUGCACCUGCUUGUUCAGUUCGGUUAUUAGUAGCAUCAUCUCAAGCUAUUAAUUUGAUCGGGAAACAAGGUAGCUUGAUCAAGUCAAUUCAAGAGGGUAGUGGUGCCACAGUACGGGUUCUUUCUGGAGAUGAAUUGCCAUUCUAUGCAACCACAGAAGAAAGAAUUGUAGAGAUACAGGGCGAAUCCUUGAAGGUUCUCAAAGCACUAGAAUCAGUAAUUGGGCAUCUCCGGAAGUUUUUGGUUGAUCAUAGCGUGCUUCCUUUAUUCGAAAAGAGUUAUAAUGCGCCAGUCACUCAAGAUCGUCCGGUGGAUGCUUGGGCCGAUAAAACACAGUCCUUAAUCCAUGCGCCGCAACAACCGGUAAUUGGAAAUGAUUAUGCUCCUCCGUUGAAGCGGGAAUCUCUGUUUCUAGAUCGUGAGUCUCAAUUAGAUCCACAAAUUCCACGGAGUGGACUGUCAUUAUAUGGACAAGAUCCUGCUCUCUCUGGGUUACGUGCUUCGGGACUGGGGCGUGGUGGUGCUUUAGUGACUCAGAUCACCCAGACAAUGCAAAUUCCACUGUCAUAUGCGGAGGACAUCAUUGGUGUAGGAGGAGGAAACAUAGCAUACAUCCGCCGCACUAGUGGAGCAGUACUUACUGUUCAAGAGAGUAGAGGAAUGCCUGAUGAGAUUACUGUUGAAAUCAAGGGCACUUCUUCACAAGUUCAGGUUGCUCAACAGCUCAUUCAGGAAUUUAUAGCUGGACAUAAAGAACCACUAACAAGCAGUUAUGGAGGUCUUGAUACUGGCUUGAGAUCAAGUUAUUCUCAGUUGGCAAGUACAGCUUAUCCAUCAUCAUCAUUUGCAUCUCAAUCACAUGGUGGUUAUGGGUCCUCUGGAUUAGGAGGAUACGGCGGCUAUAGGCUUUAAGCUGAGAGACACGGAGCCAGCUGAUUUUCUGUUUUUUUGGUCGCACCAUCAACUCUCAGUUGGUUUCAUGCCUGUAAAGAUUUAGAACAGCUAUUAAUCUUCGAGCUACUUUGUUUUAGACGUGUAUCGUUUGGCAAUCCUCUUGUUUUGCAAUCAGACAUUGCAAAUUAUUAAAUAUACCAUUAGGCGAACUGGAUCAGUGCUCCCAUUUGUUUGGGAAAACUCUACUCUAUAUAUAUGUCGAAGCUUCUGUUCA